AUGGGUGCUUUGGUUGCAGCUCGGAAGGCCUCCGGGCAAAUGUCGGUCGGGGCCAAAGGGGAUUUUGGUUGCUGCCUUCCUCCUUUGACGGACAAAAUAUCUGAGGAGAUCUACAUGGCUGGCAAAAACGGUCGCAUAACUACCCCCAUCCAAGGCACCCCGACCUGCUCCCGUACGGCUAACCAGCCGCGCGCUCCAGGAGACCCAUGUAACACCAAUUAUCUGGAGAUGUGCUAG